UCCAUGUUCCGUGUUCUCUCUUUCCUUUCACGCGCCUCCCCGCCCGCCUGCCCAUAUAUAUUCUCGUUUUCAGCUUUGGACCCCCUCAAAAAGUGACCCCCAAGGAAAGAACACACGCUCCUAGUCCUCCCACAAUUCCCUCAGCUUCUUCUCUCCAUCUCUCUUCCACUCUGCUUCAGACAGACAUCACACCCCGCAAAUUCGGAGAAAAAGAGGAACUUGAAUUCGCGGAAGUCUUUGUCUCUUCCAUGGCUUCGUGGGUCAGAGGCCGGUGCAUCGGCCGAGGAUCUUUCGGCACCGUCAGCCUCGGGUUCGACAAGCGAACCGGCGAGGUCUUCGCCGUCAAGUCCGUCGACGCCGCCUCCUGCCUUCCCCAUCAGAUCGAGUCCUUGGAGAACGAGAUUCGGAUCCUCCGCUCGCUCCCGCCGUCGCCUCACGUGGUCGCGUACCUCGGCGACGACGUCACCCGCCACGAGGGUUCAGCGAAGACGGCGUGCCGGAACCUGCACAUGGAGUACGUGCCCGGCGGCACCGCCGCUGACUCGGCGGCCCGCCGGUGGGGCAAGUUCUCCGACGCGGACGAGGCGAUCGUGAGGUCGCAAGCCCGGUGCGUCGUCUCUGCUCUGCAGCAACUGCACGCCGGAGGCAUUGUGCACUGCGACGUCAAGGGGAGGAAUAUUCUGGUGGGUCAGGACCCGAGAUCGGCGAAGCUCGCCGAUUUCGGCUCGGCGAUCAGAAUCGGCGAGUCGGGGGAUAGGAUCGCGCCACGUGGGAGUCCCCUGUGGAUGGCGCCAGAGGUGAUCCGCGGCGAGCGCCAGGGCGCGCCCAGCGACGUCUGGUCUUUGGGCUGCGCCGUCGUGGAGAUGGUCACGGGCCGGCCGCCGUGGGAGGAUCACGGCGUCGACACGCUGACCCGGAUUGGGUACUCGAGCGAGGCGCCCGAGUACCCGGCUCAGCUGUCGAAGCUGGGCCGCGACUUCCUCGAGAAGUGCCUCAGCAGAGACCCGGAGGCGCGGUGGAGCUGCGAUCAGCUGCUGCAGCAUCCCUUCUUGCAGAAGGACGCGGCGGACGACUCGUCCCCGCGGUGCGUGCUCGACUGGGUCAGCUCGGAAUUCGAAGACGAAGACAACGACGACAACGACGACGCCGACGAGGCGGGCCCGAGUUCGAAUUUCGUCUCCGACGAGGACGUGGCCGACGCCAGGGCUAGGAUCGGUAAAUUGAGUUCGAGCGGCGGGGCGAAUUGGGAAUCGGAUGAUUGGACGGUGGUGAGGAUGAACGGAGAAUGUGACCCUGAGGCGGAGGAGCAGGAAGAGGCGGGGACAAGCUCGCAAUAUCGCGAAACGUCAGGGGCAGAACGGGGAAACGGGAGCGGAAUUGCGGAAUAUUCAAAUUCGAGCGGCAGGCUUUUGGCAACGGAGGCCCAGUCGUGCAGUGGCAGCUCGUCGUCGGGGGAGGAGGGUGGUGGGGGUGGUGGUUACUUAGCUGUUGGGGAAAAAGAAAUGGUCUUUUACAGCUUGCGUGGUGCGGUGGUGUCGUUAUUACAUUAUUAUUGUCAUUGCUUGUUGAGAAUCUUGUCGCGGAAUAUACUUUUGCUUUUCUGUUAUAUCACAUUUUCGCAUUCUCUCGCGGUUUUCUUAUUCUUCUCGUGGUCGAUCGAUGAAAACGGGUGCUUUCACGGCCCGCGACGAUCCAUCCAGCAUGAGCCGCGUGCCCCCGUUCUGGGCAGCGCUCCCUUUUCGGUUUUGCUUCUUCAUAGACGCAUCGUGCACGUGAAGCUAUAUUCUGGACGCCCCUGUAAUGCGCAUGAUGCGUCGUGAGCAGUCGCGCGAUCGAAGGC